GAGUGACAAAUUAAUGAUAUUUUAAAUUAAAAAGUAAUAAUUUGUGAUAGAUUAUAUAUGUAUAUAUACGUGUGUGUUUUUAUUGUAAGUUACACUAAAAAUUGUUCAAAAGCAAGUUUCUUUAUUAAUUUUAUUUUUUAAAUAAAUAUUUUAUUAUAUCAAUGACAACUGUUACUAUUUUCCCACGUUAUAAAAAGAUUAAAAAAAAAAUGCGUAUAUAUAUACAAAUUAGUAUAUCUGGGAAUAUGAAAAGCAAAUGCUCUACAGCGGUAGCUUUUGUACGGAGGAGUGGCUGUGAAACCAUGCAACAAUGGCGCUGAAGUUGUGUUCCCGCCUUCUCCGCAUCGCAAAGUCUCCAUAUCCAGUCAAAGAAUCGCUAUAUUUUUGGCACUCUCGAUGUCUGGGAUGCUCUUGCCCAAUCUCACAAGCUCUCCGUUCGUAUUCCCGCGACAGGCGCCAGAGCUACGAUUUGUUCGGGGGUAGAGUUCCGAAAUCAAAUGAGUUCAAAAGGGAGUGGGCCAAACAAAUGGAAGACGACGAGGAUCAUCUCUGGACAGGCAGCGAAGACGAAGACGACACCGAUGCAGAGCGGGAUGAUCAAAGUAAGCUCAAGAAAGAGAUCAAAAAGGCCAAGCAGCGGGCAAAGCACCGUUCCGAUCGCAUUGAUGCAGAUGACAGUGAUGAACUGUACAGCAUUUGGUCCGGAAGCGAUGAGGAGAAGACCCUCUGGACUGGCGACGAAGGAGACGAUGAAGAUGACGUGCCUACAGAGCCUUUCCCCAAUGAGAGAAGCGAUGAAUACAUUGAUAAGUUGUUUGAGUUUGAUGAGAAGCCUAGAUAUCGAACGCUCUCGCAAGCAAUGAAAGACGAGGAGGAGCCGGAGGAGUUAUCUCCCGGAAAGCAAGCUCGAAAACUUGCUGUGCAGAAUGCUCUUAAGAAACUCAAGAAAGGGCCUGACGGGCGAUACACAAAUGUGUGGGAGGUCAUGAGUGAUUUGGAUAUUUUAGUUGGAGCUUUUGAGAACAUUAUAUCUGGUCCAGAAUAUGAAGAGCUUAGGCAAGGCGGGCCGAAGAGAUUGAACAUGGAAUUUUUCAAGGACAUUCAAGCUCGUAUGAGAGAUCCAAACUACAAAUUCUCCCCUGAAAUUAAGUUAAAACCAAAGAACAAGGUGGUGUCUAGAAAAAAGUGGCAGAAAGCAGAAUCGAGGCGUAGGAAGGCACGAAAGCGGUAACAUCGAUAUACCUUUUCAUUUCUAUGUCCCUGUAAUUUUAUGAUCUUCUAGAUUUAUUUUCGAUGCAUCUUAGAACUUAUUGUUUUCGGUUUGAAAUCUAUUUAUAGAAUACAUUUGAAAAUGAAAUUAUGCAUUUACAAAUCGAUGGCUUUGUUUCUGAAAU